CUCCCGCUCUAGCCUUUUUCUAUUAUUAUUCAUCUACAGCUGCUUUAAGGGAUGGUUCUAUCGAAUGUUAUGGUAUCCUUUAUUGAUCCAGCGGCGAUAUUCAGGCAGCGUCUCUCGCGCCCAAGGGCUAUACGUGUCCGCAUACAUUGUCAUGAAUGGCUUUUGUAUGGGUCUUGGCAUACGAUCUACCCACCUCACUACUGAUCUGAUCUCAAGAACCGGGGUGAUGGCGUCUAUAAAUAUGGUACCUUUAUUCUUAGGCGGGCGCACAAGUAUAAUGGUCGACAUGCUUGGAGUCUCCGUUCAUUCCUACUACCUCGCGCAUCACUGGAUUGGCCGUGUGGUUGUCGUCCAAGGGCUAAUUCACGCUGGUUUGGUGAUGAGCAAAGUUAAAACUUCGACCUUUGAUGCCACACAGGUGGCAGGGCUAUCAGCUGCGUCCGCCUCGGCACUACUGCUAGUACUCUCCUUACAUUUAAUCCGAAGAGCAGCUUAUGAGUUUUUCCUUGGACUACACACAUUGCUUGCGCUUAUAGUCGUGGUAGCUCUGUCAAUCCAUUUGGCAUCAAGAGGGUGGAUUAGGUACAUCUAUCCACUAGUCGCCGUACUGCUGUGGACAAUUAAUGGAUUAACCCGUCUUGUUCGAGUCUUUUACCUCAAUGCUGGCCAGGGGUAUAGGCAAAGGGACCAGGCAACGAUCAUUACCCAUAAGCGGCCUGAAACAGGUUCCGUUAGCGGCCUAACGUUGACAGUAUGGCCAAAACGCCCAGUGCGUGUUCAAGGUGGCGCCUACUACUACCUUUAUUUCUCAGACAUGGGCCUACGGAAGCGGUUUCAGGGCCACCCAUUUGUGGUGUCGUGGUGGGAUGACCCAGUUGAUACAAAACCCACGUCUUUAUCAUUUCUGAUAUCUCCUCGACAUGGCCUAACAAAGGCUUUAACAACUCGAACAUCUGUUAGAAGUGUCAUUCUAGAUGGACCAUAUGGAAUAAAUCCACGUCUCGAGGGCUAUGAGGCGGUCCUUCUCUUUGCCAAAGGUAUUGGCAUUGCAGGAAUGCUGCCACAUGCACUAAAUCUUGUGGAGCAAAAGAAUCACAAAGACAUGACUUCCUGGAGUAGCGUCAUGACGAGAAAUGUUGACCUUAUCUGGGUUUUAGAAGAAAACUGUCAAGAGCAGUGGAUUGACAGUUGGAUAGAAAAACUAAAAGAGAAGGACCCGAUUAACAAGCGCAUUCUAUCAGUAAUAUGCUACCUUCCUAGCCGUCAAGGUAAUGCGGAUGGCUCUUCAGAUCGGUAUUAUAAAAAGUUUUAUGGGGAGCAACCGAAUAUUCGGGAAGUGAUUGAUGAGGCGGUAAAGGCAGCACCAGGACGAACCAUAAUAGCCGUCUGUGGCGACCCAAAAUUCAGCAGCCAUGUGCGUGACUUAGCCAUUGACAGGAUGAAGAGCUCACAGAACGUUACAUUUGAGGAGGUUGAGUUCCGACCUUAUCAAACUACAUCCGACAGCUUAAGUAACCACAAUUGGUGGAUGGACGCUGUUGAAUCCCGGGUAGAAACCUCCGAGGCUGGUACUGAAACUUCUACGGCUGUGGUGUUCGAGAGGCCUAUGGGGACGGAUCCUAAGACUGGGCGGAGCAUGGUAAAGAAAAACCUUCAGGCGAGGAAAGAAAUUUAG